GACCCGUAAUACCCAGAGGCAACGAGAGGGAGCCAAUAAACACGAUUCAAUCAAAAUAUCCGAACUCAUCGUCCUCUACGGCGGCUGUUACUCGGCCGAGUCAAGAACUAACCACUGAGAGAGAUACUCAAUCCCGGCGGCAGCUUCCUUCCUCGCCUCAAGAUUCAGCCCUUCAGAAUCCGAGAUGCAGCAGCAACAGGCCGGCGGAUCUGAAACGGAGGUAACUUGGGGCGAUCAGCAGAACAUCAACCAAUUCGGGAGGCUCAACAAUAGAUUCCACGAUCUCGAGGAAGAAAUCAAGGCUGCCAAGGAGAGCAAUGAGAAUCUGGAGGAUGCGGGCAACGAGCUGAUACUAACAGACGAGGAAGUGGUGAGGUUUCAAAUAGGAGAAGUGUUUGCCCAUGUUCCAAGAGAUGAGGUUGAGACCAGGAUAGAGGAGAUGAAAGAGCUGACCACCAAAAACUUGGAGAGACUGGAACAGGAGAAAGUCUCCAUCUUGUCACAGAUGGCUGAGUUGAAGAAGGUUCUGUAUGCGAAAUUCGGAGACUCCAUUAACCUCGAGGAAGAUUAAUGGCAGCAGGUUUGGCUGUGUG